AUGCUGUCGGGCAUGUCCUCCGUCUCCCCUGACGGCCGCUACCCGUCGCCCUUCACUUUGCCGGACGCGCGUUCCGGCGCCCAGCUCGGCGCCCUUACGGGCGGCAGGGUCGGCAUCGCAUUUAAUGGCGUCGAGAUGGCCCUGCUUGGGCUCACCAUCGCCAUUCGUGCAAACUUUGCACCCAAGAAAGGCGCCGAGGAGGUGCCGCUAUACACCCUGAUCACCCUCGGGGUGACGCCACCGCGGACGAAAGACCUUGUCCAAUUUUCCAACCACCAACUCUUAGGCCAUUGGGCAAGAUUGGCAUACCCCACCGCGCCUCUACGAUUCCCAAAGUUCGGAAAUUGCGCAAGAUUUUCGCCCAAACCAAAAAUGUUCCUAAAAAGCAAUCUACAAAUUUAA